AUGUGGACUGGUUGGCUGACCUCCAUCCAUCUCUUCUCCUUCACCCUCAUCUUCUUUCGCGCCGUCAGGAACCGCAACAGCGACAUGGUGGCACCCACGCCCCAGAAUACGCCGCUGAGCAAUGCUCCCCUCACCAGGGAGGCUCUGUCGCGUCCUACUGUCGGCACCAUUGGCGAGGAGGACGAGGGAGCAGAUGUCGCCUCUGCCCUCUCCAGCAAUCCCGCUCUUGCUGGCUUGAUGCAGGACAAGCUCAACAGCCUCGUCGGACGCUCGUCUGGCUACAUCGAGAGCCUUCCCGACCACAUCAAGCGUCGUGUGGAGGGUCUCAAGGGUCUCCAGGUGGAGCACACCAAGAUCGAGACCGAGUUCCAGAAGGAGAUCCUCGAGCUCGAGAAGAAGUACGCCACCAAGUACGCCCCAAUCUACCAGCGCCGCUCUGAGAUCGUCAACGGCAAGGCCGAGCCUACCAGGGACGAGGUCGUCAAGGGUGAGGAGUCAGAGCCUCAGGAGGAGAGCGACGAUGAGGACGACGAGCCUGUUAAGAAGCAAUCAUACGCCGAUACCGAGGUUCCCGCCGAUGCCAAGAACGAGGGCAUCCCUGAAUUUUGGCUCACCGCCCUCAAGAACCACGUUGCCCUUUCUGAGCUCAUCGAGGAGCGUGACGAGGAGGCUCUCAAGGCCCUCACCGACGUUCGCAUGUCGUACCUUACCGACGCAUCGGGCUUCAAGCUUGAAUUUGUCUUCGACACCGCCAAGAAUGACUUCUUCACCGACUCGAUCCUCACCAAGACCUACUAUUACCAGGACGGCGUCGGCUACUCUGGUGACCUCGUCUACGACCAUGCCGAGGGAUGCGAAAUUCAUUGGAAAGAGGGCAAGGACCUCACUCACAAGGUCGAGACAAAGAAGCAGCGCAACAAGAACACCAACCAGACGCGCACUGUCAAGCGCUCCGUCCCCACCUCUUCUGUCUUCAACUUCUUCAAUCCCCCUCGCCCACCAAAGGACGGCGACGACGAGGAUGUUGACCUCGACGAGAUCGACGAGCGUCUCGAGCUCGACUACCAGAUCGGCGAGGACCUCAAGGACAGAAUCAUCCCGCGUGCCGUCGACUACUUCUCGGGCAAGGCGCUUGCGUACGAAGAUCUCGAUGAUGAUGACUUUGAGGACGAGGACGAUGAGGAUGACGAUGAUGAGGAUGAUGAGGAUGAGGAGGACGAUGGCCGUCAGCGUAGGUCUCUCGGCGCUGGGUCGCAGAUGGCUGGGUCACAAGAUCCCCAGGAGUGCAAGCACCAGUAA